AAUUCUCUCAAAAUGUUGGACAUAAAUCUCUUCAGAAAAGAUCCAGAAAUUAUACGUGAAUCCCAACGUCGUCGUUUUGGCGACGUCACUCUCGUGGAUCAGGUGAUUCAACUCGACAAAGAAUGGCGUCACAGGCAGUUUGAGCUUGAUAACUUGCGGAAAGAUUUCAAAAAGAUCAGUAAAGAAGUUGCCAGGCUAAAAAAUUCUGGUGAGGAUGCAAGUCAAAAUAUUAAGGACAUUGCAAAGAACAAGCAACAAAUUGAAAAGAAGGAGGCAGAGGUACAAGAGGUUCGAGCCACUUUGUAUUCAAAGAUGGAAAUCAUUGGUAACCUUGUGCACGAUUCGGUGCCAAUUAGUAAUGAUGAGGCAAAUAAUGUUAUAGUCCGGUCAUGGGGAGAGAAGCGGACUGAGAAGGGUCUGAAAAACCAUGUUGAUCUCGUUAAAGAUCUUGGAAUUGCUGACAUAGCAAAGGGUGCUAACGUUGCUGGAGGAAGAGGUUACUAUCUGAAAGGGGCUGGUGUACGUCUUAAUCAAGCGUUGAUUAAUUUUGCUCUUGAUUUCUUGGAAAAGAGGGAAUAUACUCCAUUGCAGACUCCGUUCUUCAUGAGGAAAGAUAUUAUGGCAAAGUGUGCUCAAUUAGCUCAGUUUGAUGAAGAACUUUACAAGGUCACUGGUGAAGGAGAUGAUAAAUAUCUGAUUGCCACCGCUGAACAACCUCUGUGUGCUUAUCAUUUGGAUGACUGGAUUCAUCCUUCACAGCUUCCAUUAAGGUAUGCUGGAUAUUCUACAUGCUUCCGCAAGGAAGCUGGUUCACAUGGCCGCGACACGCUUGGCAUUUUUAGAGUCCACCAGUUUGAGAAAGUGGAACAGUUUUGUCUGACCAGUCCAAAUGGCAAUGACUCCUGGGAUAUGCAUGAGGAGAUGAUUAAAAAUUCAGAGGAAUUCUUUCAGCAGCUAAAGCUUCCUUACCAAAUUGUGGCUAUUGUUUCUGGCGCACUGAAUGACGCAGCAGCAAAGAAGUAUGAUUUAGAAGGAUGGUACCCUGUAUCAUCAACUUAUAGAGAGCUUGUGUCCUGCUCAGAUUGCACAGAUUACCAGUCGAGAAAAUUGGAAAUUCGGUUUGGACAGAAGGUUAAUGAGCAAACGAAGCAGUACGUGCAUUUAUUGAACUCGACCCUUACAGCGACAGAAAGGACUAUGUGUUGUAUACUUGAGAACUACCAGAGGGAGGACGGAGUUGAAAUUCCUGAAGUUCUACGGCCAUACAUGGGUGGGAAGACAUUCAUGCCUUUCCAGGACCCUCCAGCAAAAGAAGCUAAAGGAAAGAAGUGAAAGGGAAUUUAGUUGAACUUAGAUAUUCAUUUAGUUCUUGUUAAUUACUGAUCUAUACUAACCAGUUUUGUAGUGUUAUGUGCACUAGAUUGUUUUUCCAUCUUAAUAAUAUUAAUACACAUUCUUCAACAUGGUACUGUU